AACUUAUUAUUUCUUCCUGGUUAAGCAAUAACAUCAGUUACUUUGCAUAUUAAAUAAACGAAAUGAACCAUGAUGGAAAUGAAUUGACUCUGUCAGUAAUCCAGAAUAUAUUUCAAUGUCGACUACCAUCUCGACCUUAUGGUUCCUACACUCUUUGGAAGGAAGCAAGUGAGAAGAAUAACACGUGUGCGCCAAAUUAAAUAUUUACACAUGGAAUUUACAUGGAAAUAAACAGGAAAUUUAAAAUUAAAAGGAUUACACGGGUAUUUCAAAAAAGUUCCAGAUGAAUAAUUUUGAAUGACAUAAUUAUAUCUUUAACAAAAUUGUCAUGUUUUGUGGGUGAUCGAAAUGCUUUUUAAGGAAAUCAACAGCGUCUGUUUAUAAAAUUACAGAAGGGAUUUCCGUUCUUUUCGACAAGGAUACACUCGCAGUUACAGAUCAUAUUUAACGAAGACAGAGAUCCAUGAUUUCACAGCUUCUAAACGGUAAUUACAACGUAUUUAUACUCUUUGUCUGCACAUAUCAGGAUGGCUAUUUUCAGCGUAAGUCUCCAAAUAGCAUUGCAUUUACUUGUGAUAACAAAUGCAACUCUUAUUAAGAAAGGCUGGGACACCUGUCAUUUUGGAUCCGUUGAGUGUGAGUGCCAGAAAGUUCCUGAUAAUCUACUGAAAGUCGAUUGUUCCAGACGGCAACUGGUAAAGAUUCCUUCGUUGUAUUCAAAUGUGACGUGGAUAGACCUCAGUAAUAAUCAUAUCGACAACAUAAGCGUUGGAUUCCCAAAGAUAGUUGGCUACAUCGAUUUAUCUGGAAAUAGGAUUCAUCAUCUUGAUAGAAAACCUUUCCGUGGUUUAUAUAGUCUAAAUUCAUUGAAUUUAGAGAAAAAUCGGAUAAAUAUAUCAUUGAUGUACAAAGGCCUUUUUUCCGAUUUGCAUUCUCUCACUAAACUGAAUUUGAAAGGAAAUAUACAAGAUCAAUUUAAAAGAACGAUAAUAAAAGAUGACGUUUUUUCAGAAUUAAUAUCAUUACAAUCUCUAAAAAUUGAUGGACCGACUUAUGUGACUUUUGGAAAAGGAUUUGCAAGCCUAUCAAGAUUGCAAAAAUUAGAUUUAUCCGGCAUAACUGGAAAUUGCAGUUUCAAAAGAAUAUCACAAAACAUGUUUCUUCAUAUGCCACGGCUCAUCUACGUGGAUGUGUCUGCUUGUGAUAUUUUGGAUAUUGAAGAAGGCGCAUUUGGAAAGCUCCAAUAUCUCGAACACCUUGAUGUUUCUCAUAACAAACAACUCGGAUUUGCAUCACUUCCAAAUAUAACUCAUAAUCUAAAUAAUACCUCCAUAAAAUCGUUACGUGGUAAUGAAAUGAAUUGUUUGUCAGGAAUCGGUACGAAGAUUCUGAAACGUCAUUUUGAGAACUAGAAACACACAAACAUUUCCGAAAUCUACUUUGAAAAGAAUAGACUGGAGCAACUUGAGCCGGGGGCACUUCGACUGUUGCCAAACAAAAUAGAUAUCAUUUCGUUUGGAGAAAAUAAACUUACUCAAGGAAGGUAUAUGAUAGAUUUUUAUUUUUUUCGUAAUAUUCGAGUCUUGAAUAUCAGUGUACAGCUUCGUCCACCUCCUUAUCCUGAAUCAAUUUUCGAAACGUGCACGGAGAAAACAGAUAACUUUGACUCAGCGCUCAAGGAAUUGCAUACGCCAAAGGAAUGUGUAAAAGAAUAUCAGGCCUCUCUUAACAGUUUUAUUUAUAAAAGUUGGUGGCAUGGUAAAAUAAUUGGCACAAUAAUUGUUCCAAAAACUCUAGAAGUCAUAUAUGCAAAUAUGAGUCGGUUUUAUGGAAUUGCUCCUGAAUUUGGAAUUAAUGCAACUGGUUUAAGAGAAAUUUACGUACAAGACAAUUUCUUCUAUUCAUGGAAUGGACCUAUUUAUGGAGUUGAAAACAUAGAAAUAGCUGACGUGUCAAAUAACUAUUGCUCUUAUAUUUCGAAAUCGAUAAUGAAGUAUGCAAUAGGAUUGCGGAUCCUUAAGGCGUCUAAAAAUAAUAUUGGAAAGAGUCUAGCAACCGAUGCUGAGGGAGAGAUAUUCGAGAACACUGUGUCCCUAGAGUUUCUUGAUCUCUCAUACAAUAACAUAUUUUAUCUUUCAGCGUCUAUGUUUAAGAACAUGCAAAAACUCCGAACAUUAAAUUUACAAAACAAUCAACUUUCGUCAUGGCGUGUGAAAGUGGAUCAUAUGAAAAAUAUGAAAUACAUAAACCUAAAACAAAAUAAACUAACAGCUUUUGAUAAAUUAUCCAGAGUCUCAUUUGGUAAUCUAUUCCAACUAACAAAUCUUACUAUCGAUUUGUCGGAAAAUCAACUUCUGUGUUCCUGUGACAGUAAAGAAUUUCUUGAGUGGAUUACACAUCAUAGAAAACAUUUUAUAAACUUUGAAUACUAUGAGUGUUCCUCGUCAAGUUCACAUAAAUUCAAUUUCUCGGAUCCUGACGUUUCAGCUAUGUUGCUGAGUAAAAGCUGUAUAUAUCAAACAAUAUAUAUUGUAAGUUCCAUAGCAGCAGCCUUUCUAUCAAGUAUCAUCAUAGGUAUUACUCUUGUGAAAAAUAAGUGGAAGAUUCGAUACGUGGUAUAUAAAUUUAAACAACGUUUUAGAAAACAUAAGGGUUAUUUCACCAACUUCCAAUCGGGAACGCCGUGUUAUGAAUAUGAUGCAAUGAUUUCAUAUUCUCCAAAAGAAUUAUCAUUCGUUCUAACCGACGUAAUUCCUAGACUUGAAAACGAGGCCGGUUUUAAAUUGUAUGUCAAGGACCGCGAUGAACCGGUAGGAACGCCUUUUGGAGAAACCAUUAUGGAAGCUAUUCAAAAUAGCAGAAGAGUUGUAUGUCUUGUGACGAAAAGUUAUUUGAAAUCAAAUUUGCAGGACUAUGAAUUAAACAUGUCAAGAAUGGAAGCUAUCGAGGACAGGGGAAACUUAAAUUGUGUCCACUUAAUUCUUUUUCCUGAUGUUUGCAAUGUGUCGAUUUCUAUUCAAACUUUAGAUCUCGUAAGGCAGGAGUGUUUUACGGAAUAUCCAGAGGAACAAUGUGCCUUGGAUGAUUUCUGGGAGAGAUUAAGAUCAAUCAUUUCAAAAGAAUUUCUUUGAAAUCAAAGUUUGGAGUGUCCUAAAAAUUUGUUAUGUGUGUCAUGUGUUACUAUUUCAUUUAUUCAUAUGAUUACAUGUAUGUAAUUAGCUAAAUAAAUACUAACCCCACAAUGAAGAUUCUCGCUGACAAAAAAAAAUCUGAAUGCUAGGGCUUUUUUUCUUUUCAAAAUAUUAGCACCAAUAAUUGUACAAAUUCCGAAAAAGCAUUCAACGAAAGUACAUUAUGAUACAAGAACUUUCAGUUUUUAAGAUGGUAUGGAAAACCUGCCAAUAUUAAUGUGAAUAAAAGUACAUUACAAUCACUUUCACCCUUUUAGAAUUUUCA